UUCUCCGUCUCCGUCUCCGUCACCAUCUCGUGCAGCGGAGGCUCUAGUCGGAACUUAGAGUUGGCUGUGAAGUCAAGUGAAGGUGCAAGGAGGUCUACAAGACUGAGACUUCAGCCUUUGCGAAAGCCAAAGUCAAGCCCGAAGAAGAAGAAACCCGUUAAACUCCAUUCAAAGAUGCCCAAGAAACCUCCCACUGCUUUCUUCUUUUUCUUGGAGGAUUUCCGGAAACAAUAUCAAGAGGAGAACCCGGAGGUCAAGUCCAUGCGUGAGGUUGUAGAGAAUUAGUUUGUGGUAUAUGAAUUUAAAACAUGAUGGCUAAUUGGAGGCAACGGUAUACCAGUUUCGCCGGAAGUGGCUAACGGUUUGAAGAAUGAUGAAGCUUACGGUGUCGUUUUGAUGAGAGUGGUGAUUUUAGGGAGGCUCCGAUGGAAAGCUGGUGCGAUUAAGACUGGACGGUAUGGAUUUUAUGCAAGGUGUGAUGUGUGGUUGAGAUUUAA